AUGGAUGAAGAAUUUCACUUACCGGAGCACAUAAUCCACCGCAUUCAAUCCUUCCUCACCGGAAAAGAAGCUACUCGGACGUCUAUCCUCUCCAAUGCGUGGCACCACGCGGCCCUCACUCGCCCGAAUCUCGACUUUGACGUACACGAUUUCAGAACCGGUCGUGAUGAAGACGAGCCAUACACCGGCAGCUCAGACGACAAAUUCUCGAAAUUCGUGAGGAUGACUAUUUCGAGGUACGAGCAACUGAAGCUGAAGAUCGGGAGUCUGAGGUUUCGUGAAUAUACCGAAUGGGGGGAUACUGAUGAUGAUGUUACUUGCUCACAUGUUGUUUAUAAGGAAUUGAUCCCGAAAGCACUUAGUAUGGGCGCGACUCGUCUCGACAUCGGUGGAGAUUUUAUGUUGCCGAAUGAGGUUUUUGAAGCUGAAAAUCUUGUCCGGUUAUCCGUGGAGAAAUGUCGGAUCGAUCUAAACCCGCUGGAUCGACCUGCUGCUGUAAGAUGUCCUCGUCUCGAAUCCCUUAGUUUAAGCCAUGUCGAUAUCGUCAAGCCCAACCAGAUUUAUCGCAUAAUCUCCGGCUGCCCCUCGAUUAAGAAAUUAUUUUUCGUCAAUAAUGUUUGCUAUACGUGUUUGGUUGGUGUUGGUAUCGCCAAUUCCCAUAUGUUGACUUGUCUUCUUUGCGACAUGACAUUUUUAAACUUUGUUACGAUGGGUGACUUAUCCUCCAAGUUUCCUUUCCUCAAACAUUUGACGCUACACGAUUUCUGGGCUUACCCGAAAGAGAUAGUGAUUAGCAGCCGCUCACUAGAGCGCUUGAAUUUCAUUUGCUUCGAGCAAUAUUCAGAGAAAAAAAUCAGGUUCGAUGUUCCGAGUCUCGACAAGUUCACGUACAAAGGUCCUCUCAUUCAUCACAUCUCUUUUGCACCAACUUCGAAAUUUCGGGUGUCUCGACUGGCUAUAGAGGAAAAUGAUGGCCUGAGCACCGCAUGGUUCGGAAAGUUGGAAAAUCUUGUAAAGGAGUUGGGGCGCUCAGAAAUUCAUAUUUGUCUAAGUCUCGGCUCCAAAGCUAUUCUCGAUUAUGAGGCGGAUGAAUUUCAACGCGUGUCGAAGCCUGAGGUGGAUAGUGUAACCGUCCAUAUGGAUGGUCUGUCGUCCAUAACUUGUUACGUUCUUUUUGAUGGUUUGUUUCGGAUUUUUCGCCCUAAGAUUAUAGCUCACUACAUACUUCCGGAGUCGAGCUGCGGUCGGAAGACAAACAAUGAUUUGCUCGGGAAGACACUCCUUGAGGGACUGAACGGGAAAUUUUCGGCGAUCGGGAGCCAUUUUAUUAUGUGGAGUGUGAAUGAUAUCAAGGAAGUAAAUGUGCAGCUUUUGGAUGAUGAUGAUGUUGGUGUGUGGACUCCUCUGUCAUGGGAUUCAUUUUUAGAUGCUUCGAGAAGCACAUAUAGAAAGCGGGACGUUCGCUUUCAAUUGGCAUGGAAGCCUUAG